AUGAAGAUAUUAUCAACUGGUUGCAUCUUUCUCCUUAUCUUAAUCUAUGUUUCGGGUGCACCACCAGGGGGAGAAGUUGAGGACGAGCUGGAGUUUAACUACGAGGCAAACGGACCCAAGGGGCCAGCGAAAUGGGGGACACUAAAGGCAGAGUGGAAGUUGUGUGGAACUGGAAAAAUGCAAUCUCCGAUUAAUCUUACGGACGAAAAUGUCAAAGUUACUAGUAAAAUUGGACCUCUACGUAGCCAGUAUUUGCCUGCCAAUGCUACUAUUAAGAACAGAGGGCAUGAUAUCAUGUUGGAAUUUAAAGGAGAUACGGGUAUAGGUAUCACUGUUCGUGGGAUAAAAUACAAACUUCAACAGCUUCAUUGGCAUUCUCCUUCCGAACACGCAAUCAAUGGCAAAAGGUAUGCUCUUGAGAAACACAUGGUUCAUGAGAGCAAAAGUGGACGUUUCGCUGUUGUUGCGUUCUUAUACAAUAUUGGAGAACCUGACCCUCUUCUUCUUUCGUUGGAAGAACACUUGAAGAAGAUAACUGAUACACACGAGUCCGAGGAUUAUGUCGGGGUGAUUGAUCCCAAAAACCUCAAUUUCGAAUUAAAACAAUACUAUAGAUAUCUUGGAUCACUUACAACUCCUCCAUGUUCUGAAAAUGUUAUUUGGUCAGUUUCCAGAAAGUGGCUCAUGAUCAUGGAUGAGGACUGUGAAUAUAACUAA